AUGGCGGCGAGGGACACCAACAUGAUCUUGAAGGAAGUGCCUAAACGGCGACAACAUCAGCGCUUGCACCCCUAUCUGUCUGGAAACUUUGCGCCAAUUCACAAAACCCUACCCCUUACGCCGUGCAGCAGCUCUGGCACACUUCCAGAGGAGCUCGCCGGCGGUGAGUAUGUUCGUAAUGGGGGUAAUCCGGUGACCAACGAAGCGCUUGGGCGAGAUGCCCACUGGUUCGAUGGCGACGGUAUGCUCAGUGGUGUGUCAUUUCGAAGGUCUGAGAAAGGGGAUAUCGAACCUGAAUUCGUCAACCAGUAUAUUCUGACUGAUGUCUAUCUUGCGUCAAAGACCAAUGCGUCUUUGCGAACGCCAAUCUUGCCUAGUAUUGCAACUCUCGUGAACCCCCUGACUUCUCUUCUGACCAUCAUACUUCGUAUUCUGCGGACCAUUCUGCUAGUGAUUCUCACACAUCUUCCUUGCUCUGAGCAAGCAAUUACGAAGAUCAGUGUUGCGAACACUGCCGUGCUCUUUCACGAUGGCAGAGCUUUAGCUACUUGUGAAAGCGGGCCGCCUAUGCGAGUAGCAUUACCCAGCUUGGAUACCAUUGGCUGGUUCAACGGGCAUUACAGUGAAGGAGAGGGAUUCAAAGACAAAUUGUCAGGCUUCGGUGGAAGCGGACUGACUAGUUUUAUGAGGGAAUGGACGACCGCCCAUCCGAGAGUAGAUCCUAACAACCAAGACUUGCUUUUGUAUCACUCUACAUUCAUUCCACCAUACAUCAAUUACUCGAUUGUUCGCUCUUUAUCAAAAGAUGUUGCAAGCCAAGAGACCGGGGCUACAAGACGAGCUUCACUGCUAAAUCAGCCUGUACCAGGGAUAGCUUCCCCAAAGCUGAUGCACGAUUUCGGCGUCAGCAGAAGGCAUACAAUAAUUUUGGACCUCCCUCUCUCACUCGACCCCGUCAACCUCGCAAAAAACAAGCCAGUCGUUGCUUACGAUCCAAGCAGUCGCGCACGUUUCGGAGUUUUCCCACGUUACAAGCCAGAAGAAAUCCGCUGGUUCGAGACCAAUUCCUGUUGUAUUUUUCACACCGCCAACUCAUGGGAUUCACAUGCUAAUGACAUCGACACCGUUCCACUGAACACAACAAUUGUCAACAUGCUAGCCUGCCGCCUAACGUCCGCCUCUCUCGUGUUCUCAGCGGGCGACCUUGCAGCUCCAAUACCCACCCAAAAAGCUCCCCCCGACCAGCACGAAGAGGAGCAAUGCCGCCUUUACUACUACCAAUUUACCCUCCCCCAAAAAUACAAAAAAUCUGAUGAGAACCAUAUCGUCCACCAAUGGGCGCUCUCCGCCAUCCCAUUUGAGUUUCCGUCCCUCAGAGAUUCUCACUCCAUGUCCCCGGCAAAGUACAUUUACGGCUGCUCCGUCUCCGAUCAGUCCUUCGGCUCAGCGCUCGGGCGCGCAGUCAAGAUAAAUUCGCUCGUCAAAGUCGAUGUAGAAACGCUGAUCGAAUGCGGGAAGCGCAACCCACCCCAGCAAAUCAAAGGUUGCGUUGAUACAAGGAGCCUAUCGGAGAUAAUCAGAAGUAAAGACCCACACGACCCCAUCCAAGUGUUUGAAAUGCCACAAGGCUGGUAUGCACAAGAAUCGCGUUUUGUGCCUCGAGGAAAUGGGAUCAGCGAGGAUGACGGAUGGAUCUUGAGUUAUGUAUUUGACGAAAGUCAGCUCGGGGAGGACGGAGAGUGUUUGCUUGAUGCGAAGAGCGAGUUGUGGAUCAUUGAUGCAAAGGACUUGCAAACAGUAAUUGCGAAGGUGCAUUUACCGCAGAGAGUGCCAUAUGGCUUGCAUGGGAAUUGGUUUCCGGAGGAGCAGGUGCUGGGACAGAGGUCGUAUGAAAGAGUCAGGGAGAUGCCUAGGAAGGCGGGGCAAAAGAGGAGAGAGCAAAGCCAGGGUGGAAGCUUUGGAUGGCUCUUAGAAGGGGAAUGGAGAUUUGGCUGA